CCUGGAGUUCUGCGCCGGCGCAGUGUGAGGUGUCGGCAGAUAGCUGGGUGACGGCGGAUAGUGGCCGGGGGAGUGAGGGGAUCUUCAGUGAUGGCUGCAAGAUGCGUUACAUGGACGGUUCUCUGUUAACAAAUGCUUUGUUUUGCUCAUUCUGAUCUGGAGUAUUUGACAACUACCUGUAGAUAACGACAACACAGCCACCAUGGUGCAGAAAUACCAGUCACCCGUCCGGGUGUACAAGUACAGUUUUGAAUUAAUUAUGGCAGCAUACGAGCGCCGAUUCCCAACGUGUCACCUCAUUCCAAUGUUCGUUGGCAGCGAUAUACUGAGUGACUUCAACAGUGAAGAUGGAGCAGUGACGGUUGUUGAGCGCAAAUGCAAGUUGGACGUGGAUGCGCCGCGGCUGAUCAAGAAGAUGGCCGGUGUAGAUUAUGUCUAUUUCAUUCAGAAGAAUUCCCUGAACAGACGUGACCGGACUUUGCACAUAGAAGCUCACAAUGAGACGUUCUCUAACCGUAUAGUGGUUCACGAGUAUUGCUGUUAUACAGUACACCCAGAUAAUGAGGAAUGGACCUGUUUUGAGCAAUCUGCCAGCCUGGACAUUAAAUCAUUCUUUGGAUUUGAGAGCACCGUAGAAAAGAUCGCCAUGAAGCAGUAUACCAGCAAUAUCCGCAAGGGAAAGGAGAUUAUUGAGUACUACUUAAACCAGAUGGAGCAGGAGGGUAUCGCCUACCUCCCAAGAUGGUCUCCCAGCCCUGUACUGCAACCAGUGAAGAGUAUACCUACCUCAGAGCGGCCUGUAUCCCCUGCACAGAAUAUCCCCAUUACCAAAGCCCCUGAGGGGCACAACAGCAAGGAAGGGCCCCGUCUGGCAACAAGCCCUUCUGAAACCCUUAGCAGCACACCCGACGACAAGCUGGAUGCAGAUUACAUAAAGCGUUAUCUGGGAGACCUCACCCCGCUGCAGGAGAGCUGUCUGAUCCGCCUCAGGCAAUGGCUGCAGGAGACGCACAAAGGCAAAAUCCCCAAAGAUGAGCACAUCCUGCGGUUCCUGAGAGCUCGGGACUUUAACAUUGACAAAGCGCGGGAGAUACUCUGCCAGUCCCUCACCUGGCGCAAGCAGCACCAAGUAGAUUACCUGCUGAGCACAUGGGACCCACCACAGGUGCUGCAUGAUUAUUAUGCAGGAGGCUGGCAUCACCAUGACAAAGACGGACGGCCACUUUACAUGCUACGGCUCGGACAGAUGGACACGAAGGGUCUUGUCAGAGCACUGGGUGAGGAGUCGCUGCUCAGACACGUGCUGUCCAUCAAUGAGGAGGGGCUGAGAAGAUGUGAAGAAAACACCAAAGUCUUUGGGCGACCCAUCAGCUGCUGGACAUGCCUGGUGGACCUAGAAGGCCUGAACAUGAGACAUUUAUGGAGACCAGGAGUCAAAGCUCUUCUGCGCAUCAUUGAAGUGGUUGAAGCCAAUUACCCAGAGACGCUGGGCAGAUUACUGAUCCUCCGAGCUCCCCGAGUGUUCCCAGUACUGUGGACAUUGGUCAGUCCUUUCAUAGAUGAGAACACUCGGAAAAAAUUCCUUAUCUAUGCUGGCAAUGAUUAUCAGGGGCCUGGGGGUCUGGUGGAUUAUAUUGACAAGGAAAUUAUCCCUGAUUUCCUUGGUGGGGAAUGCAUGUGUGAGGUUCCAGAAGGGGGUCUGGUUCCCAAGGCUCUCUACAGAACACCGGAGGAGCUGGAGAGUGAAGAUGUUAGACUAUGGACAGAGACCAUCUAUCAGUCAGCCAGCGUGUUUAAAGGCUCCCCCCAUGAGAUUAUGAUCCAGAUUGUAGACGCAUCGUCUGUAAUUACCUGGGACUUUGAUGUUUGUAAAGGGGACGUUGUUUUCAACAUUUAUCACUCCAAGCGAGCCCCACAAGUGCCGAAAAAGGACACCAUCGGAGCACACGGCAUCACCUCCCCUGUGGGCAACAACGUUCAGCUGAUCGAUAAAGUCUGGCAGCUGGGGCGCGAUUACAGUAUGGUGGAGUCACCCCUCACCUGUAAAGAGGGAGAGAGCGUGCAGGGCUCCCAUGUAACCCGCUGGCCUGGGUUCUACAUCCUGCAAUGGAAGUUUCACAGCAUGCCAGCUUGUGCCACAACCAGCCUGUCACGUGUGGACGACGUUCUGGCCUCACUGCAGGUCUCUUCUCACAAGUGCAAGGUCAUGUACUACACCGAGAUUAUUGGCUCAGAGGAUUUCAGGGGCUCCAUGACCAGCCUGGAAUCAAGUCACAGUGGCUUCUCGCAACUCAGUGCAGCCACCACCUCUUCCAGCCAGUCUCACUCGAGUUCUAUGAUAUCCAGAGAGCCCCUUCCUUUGUCAGAGCCUGCACUCUCCUCUCUCUCUCACUCCCAAGACCUGAAGUCCACCCAGGAUGGGCUCCUGCGCCUCUCCCCUUCCUUCUGGGGACAGCACUUUUCCACCCUCUACACCCUCAGACCCCCUAUCUUUCUACGAUGGCCCCCAUCCUGGCGCCUCCCUUUCAUCCGGGAAGCUGGGGGACCUGCAGCCAUCGAGACAGAGGGCUCCGACACUUCAUGAGGAAUGUUGGGGGGAGGGUUGGGUUUUGGAAGCCUUUCGUUCCCCCUUUCUAAAGACAAGGCUCAGAGACCCAUAAAACUGUUCAGCAGCUAAUUUACAUUGUACUUGUGGAGUUGCCAUUGGUGCGCUAACGGACUAUUCACCCAACCCUCUUAUUCAGGGCUGUGCUAUUAUAGACAGGAUUUCCCAAAACUUGUUUAGCAUUGGACUAGGGAGCAUAGGAGCUGGAGAAGUAUUCUGCUAAUUUCCCUUUCCUAGUCUUAUCCAAAUGCUUCUUUGUAUAUUGUAGAGAUUUUGGUUGUUAAUUGCAAAAGAAGAGAUCAUGUGUAAGCGACCAAUACUACAAUCACCCCCAACAAACUGCCUCGUAACGUUUGCAUGGCACCAAAGCGAUUUGUUGUUUUUUCUGGCAGUUUAUGAAUCGACCACUCACAAGAGGACUGGAUAAGAUAAUACUUGUCGGAAGAGAUAGCGUCUUCACGGAAUCGUGCUGGGUGAAAUGCUUGACACACCCACAUGAACAUCCUGUCCUCUGUACAAGUUCAAAUCUCUCUCAUGUCCUAAGUUAUGGGAAGGGAGUAAUCCUAAAAUAAGGUCACUGAUGAACCUGAUAGUGUUAAUCGAAUGACAGCCUAAAACCCACUCCUGUUGGCAUGCUACAGUUUGCGUAAAAAAAAACUGUACGAGCUGAGCUCUACCACAACAGGAUGAGGUCCAGGUUACAGACGCAAGGUACUGACAAAGCAGGGUUCCAGUAUAAACUGCUAUUUUUCAAUAAUAAUUAUAUAUAAUAAUAAAAAAAAAAGCAUUGUCAAGCAAGACUAGAACAUCCUUUUUGUCAAGCAGAUUGGUGAAUCGUAGCCAUGACAACACUGGUCAUUUAGAAGUGGAUCUUUUGCAUAUGACCUGUGGUUUUGUAUUUUUUUUUUUAAAAGGGGGUACUUCUUCCUCCCAGCUCUCACUGUGAUAAGGGGGCGCUUUUAUCAGGGGACGCACAGAGCUGACCUCGUCACCCAAAAUCUUCUUUUUUUUUCCAGCUCUGAUCUAAAUAAUUGGACACAAUGAAGAUCCAGACUAAGCAUACGGGAGGAUUUUACUGCUUCUCUAGUUGGCUUUGGGACAUCUGUGAUUUAUGAGCAUUUUACAUUUAGGGAACUAUACAGAGAAAAUAAAAGCCGUUUCUGUUAAACUUUUUGCCAUCAGAGAGGGGGUAGCACAAUACUGAUGUGAAGCUCUUUACCAGCAAUGAGACAGCACACAGGGAAAACCUAUACAAAAGCCAUUUCAGACUCAAGAGCAGAACUCUCUCGUCUUCCCACUGAGAUUAAUGAGCUACUUUAUCUUCUCAUGUGAUCUGAAUUCCAAUUACAAGAUUCUACUAAUUUGUAAAAUUACAUUUUAUGGAUGUGGGAAAUAAAGCAACUUCAUUUUAAGUGCUGCAGAAAUGGCAUAGUUGGUGAUCUUUUAAUUUACUAAAUGGGUUUACUAUAAGCUUUUCCAAUAAACAUAAACAAUUCCUAACUUAAAAGGGGCAUCAUUCACUAAAUAAAUGCUAGAUCUUAUGAUGUAUUUAAAGCAAAGAUUAGCCUGAGAAUAAUAUCUGAUUCUUUUCAAUAUGAUAUUUGUUUAAAUAUUAAAAAAGCGUUAUUGGUCUUGCCAGUUCUUAGUUUCUCCUUUACAAAGGGCAGUUACAGAUCAGUAAUAAAGUAACAAUAUCACACAAUGUAAUGUCCCUUUAUCCCCAGUGAUGAUAUUACCCUAAAAUAUAAUAGAAUUGUCCCUAACUGGCCUCACCAGAGGAGAUAAGAUAUCAGGCUUGUAAAGGGACAAUGUACUCCUGUUAAUUUAAUACACUCCAGCAGGUAAAAUAGAUAAUUGGAAACACCUUAAAGGGAUGAAAACUGUCCCUUUUAAAGCCAUGAAAAUCUAGAUUACAAUAUGGUGCUUUUUAAUUUGAAACCACAACUUAACAUUUAUUUCUAAAAUAUUUAUUUAGUAUAACUUUAAAAAAAUACACGUGCCUAUUAUUUUUAGGCUAUUGUUUGAACCUUUUAUAUCUAGACUUUAUUUAGUGUAUAAUUUGAUGAAACUGCCAUAUUUGGCAAUACCACCUGUGGUGAUCACAUGACCUGCUCCAACUACAAAUGAUUACUCCCCUGCGAGGCAAGCUGUGCCCCAUUGUCCCGGAACUAAGGGCUUCUACCUAGCUGGCCGGGCUGUGCCCUGCUUGCUGGCCAUCCUUUGGAUCUGCCUCCCCUAUUCCUUCUGCAUCUGAAUUUUGACAUUGUCAUAAAAGGUGGGGCUGACUGAAAAGUAUUUUCUAAGCACAUUAUAUUAAAGAUUGCAAAGCGGCUGUUAACCCUUAUGUUUCUAGAGAAAUCUGGUGCAAAGGUACAGUCCCAUAGAACAUGCCUUUUCUCAUUUUGUUCUUAUAGAUACUAUUUUUCCCAUUUAACUGUAUUUUGUAUAAAUAAUUAACAUCCUUUUGUUGUUUCUCCGUUUUUAUUUUGCUCUGUCUAAUGCAUAUCAGUUUGGGGUUGUUUUUUUUUGGGGGGGGGGGGUUUGUGUGUAAAACUCAUGACCUCAUGCUUAGUAAAAACAAUUAAUUUAAAUACAUUUAGUCUUUAAAAUAUUUUAUUUUAAAUUGUUUAACUGUAAUAAACUGAACCUGUGUAACACUUUA